UGCGAGUACAUUAUCCAUUUCUCUUGCCCUAACUAUCAAACCUCACUAUCAGAAAUUUCUCUACUCGCCCCCAAAAUUAAAAUUUCACUCUCAUCAUCAUCAUCGGACUUCAAUUCAUGUACAUAUGAAACAACUUCAUUUUGAGCUUGUUCCAUGGGUAUAGAUCUCGAACAACCAUCAGGAGAAUAUUAUAAGGAAGAGUCUAGGUCCCAUGUGAAUAUUAAUAUGGUCAAUGGUGAUGAUGAAGUGCAUAAUAGAGGUGGAGCCAUUGUGAAUUCUGGGAAUAAUAAAGAAAAUAAUGGGCCUAAUGUUAAGGGAACAUUGGUCGAUGGUAGACAGAAGUUAUAUGCUGGAGAUGGGAUAAACUUGAAUUCUGUAAAAAAUGUAGAGCCUCAUGAGGGAAUGGAAUUUGAAUCAAAGGAAGAAGCAUUUUCAUUCUAUAAAGAAUACGCCAAGUCCGUGGGUUUUGCCACUAUAAUAAAAGCCAGCCGCCGAUCAAGAAUAUCUGGAAAGUUUAUUGAUGCAAAAUUUGUAUGUACCAGGUAUGGAAACAAGCGAGAACCAAGUACAGCUGAAAAUACAGAAGCUGUUUUAGAUACCGACAGCAUGAAAAAUGUUCCUGUUAAGAAAAAACGUGGUAGAAUUAAUCGAUCUUGGUCCAAAACAGAUUGCAAGGCUUGCAUGCAUGUGAAGAGGAGGCACGAAGAUGGAAGAUGGAUUAUUCGUAGUUUCAUUAAGGAACACAACCAUGAAAUAUUCCCUGACCAGGCAUAUUAUUUUCGUGGUCAUAGGAAUUUAGAUCUAGGUAAUAGUAAUGUUGAUGCGUUGCAUGCUAUCCGGGAUAGAACAAAACGAAUGUUUGUUACAAUGUCCAAAAAAUCUGGUGGGUAUUGGAAACAUGAGAAUCAAAAGGGCAGUGCCACAAAUCAACCAGGAAGUGCUCAACAUUUGACUUUAGAUGAGGGAGAUGCUCAAGUUAUGCUCGAUCAUUUUCUGUACAUGCAAGAUGAGAAUCCUAACUUCUUUUAUGCCAUAGAUCUGAAUGAAGAGCAGCGUCUGAGAAAUGUUUUCUGGGUUGAUGCUAAAGGUAGGGUUGAUUGUAGUAGUUUUGGUGAUGUAGUCUUUUUCGACACCUCAUAUAUCAAGAACGAAUAUAAAUUGCCAUUUGCUCCAUUUAUUGGUGUGAACCAUCACUGUCAGUUUCUUCUUCUGGGGUGUGCAUUAGUUGCCGAUGAGACUAAGUCAACUUAUGUUUGGCUUAUGCGGGCAUGGCUUAGAGCAAUGGGUGGACAUGCUCCAAGUGUGAUACUAACUGACCAAGACCAAGCCCUGAAAGAAGCUAUUUCGGAAGUCUUUCCUAAUUCUCGUCAUUGCUUUUGUUUAUGGCAUAUAUUCAGCAAGAUUCCUGAAAAGCUCAGUUAUGUGAUGAGGCAGCAUGAAAAUUUUAUGACCAAAUUUAACAAAUGCAUCUUUAAAUCAUAUACAAAUUAUCAGUUUGAAAAGAGAUGGUGGAAAAUUGUUGAUAGGUUCAAUUUAAGAAAUGAUUUGUGGUUUCAGUCGUUGUAUGAAGAUCGUGACCGGUGGAUACCGACAUUCAUGAGAGACAUCUUUUUGGCUGGGAUGUCUACAACCCAAAGAUCAGAAAGUAUAAACUCUUUCUUUGACAAAUACAUGCAGAGGAAAACUACAUUGAAAGAAUUUAUAGAACAAUACAAAACAAUAUUGAGAGAGAAGUGCGAAGAGGAAGCAAAAGCAGAUUUUGAGACUCGGCAUAAGCAACCUGGGUUAAAGUCUCCAUCACCUUUCGGGAAACAAAUGGCGACAAUGUACACACAUGCUAUAUUUAAGAAAUUUCAGGUGGAGGUUUUGGGAGUAGUUGCUUGUCAUCCAAGAAAAGAAAGUGAAGAUGGAGCAACAAAAACUUUUAAGGUUCAAGAUUUUGAAGAAAAUGAAGAUUUCAUUGUCAUGUGGAAUGAGUCAACGUCAGAUGUUUCUUGUUUGUGUCGCUCAUUUGAGUUCAAUGGUUUUCUUUGUAGACAUGUGAUGAUUGUUCUGCAGAUGUUUGGUGUGCACAGCAUUCCAUCACAAUAUAUAUUGACACGUUGGACAAAGGAUGCCAAAAGUAGACAAACAAGGACAGAACUUUCAGAUGUUGACAAGUCUAGGGUUCAACGUUAUAAUGAUCUCUGUCGACUGGCCUUCAAGCUGGGCGAUGAAGGGUCCUUAUCGCAAGAGACUUACAACAUUGUAUUCAGUGCACUGGAAGAAGCUUUGAGAAAGUGUGAGAGUGUGAAUAACUCAAUCCAGAGUGUAAUGGAAUCAACCUCACAAUCAAUUCAAGGUCCUCAAGAUUGCGAAGAAGUGAACCAAGGUGACAACACAUUGAAGACAAAUAAAAAGGAUAGUAUAUCCAAGAAAAAGCAGGUACAUCCAGAAACGGAGGUCAUAACCAUCGGGAUACAUGACAGUUGGCAACAAAUGGGACACUCAAAUUUACGGGCACCUGCCCUUGACUGUUCUUAUGAAAUGCAAGAGAGAAUACAAGGGAUGGAACAAUUAAACUCAAGAGCUCCGACCCUUGAUGGCUAUUUUGGAACUCAACAAAUUGUGCAGGGAAUGGGACAAAUUAACUCAAUGACUGGGAGUCGUGAUGACUUUUAUGGCAAUCAACACAAUAUGCAAGGGCUGGGACAAUUGAAUUCUAUUGCACCGAUCCAUGAUGCUCAUUACAUCACUCAACAAAGGAUGCAUGGAAUGGGGCAGUUACAUUUCAGAUCACAUACUAUUCCAAAUUGUUUUGAUAUUCAAGACAGUUUACAAGAUAUGGACCAGUCCAACGUUGGACCCUCUCAGUUACAUGGCAUGCCAUCAAAACAUUUGCACUCGAAACAUCUCAACCGUUAGUUGUUGUAGUAUAACUUAUCAUAUAAAGCUGGCGGUUAGAUUUUUGCAUUUGAACGAUGAGCUUCGACUUCGUCGGUUUUCCCACAAGCUCCAUCUGCAUUUCUUGUACUGUCAUAUGGCACCAAAAUGUAGCUUGAGAUGGCAAAACAUAGAAAGCAUGGAAGAUGCUUAUAAGAGCUAUUUUUGUAAAUAUUGUGCAGUUUGCAAUGAAUUAAUUUUCUUUUCUCA